UUUCAUGUGGCCUUUCAACAAGUUGAAACACUGAGUCGGCUUUGACCAAACAGCCUCAAGAUGGAAAUCCCUGCCAUAAACCUGAAGGCCAUAGUGCUGCUUCACUGGCUGCUCACUGUUUGGGGGUGCAUGGUUGGUCUCCCCUUAUCCUAUGCAUGGGGGAACUUCGGUGUUUUAGCAGUCGGAGUGUGGGCGAUUGCACAGAGGGACUCCAUCGACGCUGUUCUCUUGUUCCUUCUGGGGAUGAUUCUGACAAUACUGACUGACAUCAUCCAUUUUGGGAUCUAUUACCCUUUGAAUGACUUUCAGGCAGAAAGACGCUUCAGUGCAGGGAUGGCCAUUCUCAACCUGCUGCUUAAACCUGCUUCCUGUUUCUUUGUCUACCAAAUGUACCGCGAACGGGGAGGAGAUUACAACGUCAACUUUGGGUUCCCUUCUGUGUCACGAAACAGAGACACCUAUCAGUCCAUUGACCAGCCGGAGGAGUCCUCCAGUCCACCAAACCCCUUCAACCAGGCCCAGGAUGGCAAACCAGGAGUGCGCACCUACUGAGUCCAGCAGAGCAACGUUCCAGCUCUGUGGAAAACAAGCCUUUA